AUGAUAAUCCAUAUAAAAGAUAAAGAUUCACCAAUAAUAUAGCAACCAUUAGUAUUAGAUAAAGAAGUACACUAAAGAGAUAAAUUUAAUAAUUAGUUUGAAUAUUUAUUAAGUGUUUUAGGAUUUGCAGCUGGCUUUGGUAGUGUUUGGCGUUUUCCUUAUUUAAUUUUUAAGAAUGGAGGAGGAGUUUUUUUAAUUCCUUACAUGAUAUUAUUUUUUUUAGUUGGUGUUCCUUCUUUUUAUUUCGAAACAUCUAUUGGAUAAAUAUUUUAAAAAGGUCCUCCAUAAAUAUUUUAAAAAAUUCAUAAAAAAUGGAAAGGAUUAGGCUUUUUGCCAAUAAUAAAUACGGCUAUUAUGUCCACAUAUUAUAAUUUGAUUCUCGCUUAUUCUUUUUAUUAUUUAUGGGAAAGUUUUAAGUUUCCACUUCCUUGGAAAAUAGAUGAAAACUUGAAGCAUAUUUAACCAUGGAACAAAGAUUUUUUCUAUAAUAAUGUAUUAUAAUCAACUGGAUCAAUUAAUAAUUUAGGAGGCAUUGUAUGGCCUUUGUUUUUUUGUUAUGUAUUAUCAUAAGUGAUUGUGUAAAAAAAAAAAAAUUAGUUUAUUUUUUAUAAGUUAAUUAAAAUAAAUAAUAAAGGUUUCUUUGUAUAUAAAAAGGAGUUUCUGUUUCGGGAAAAAUAGCAUUAGUAACUGCUACAUCUCCUUAUAUAUUGCUAUUUAUACUAUUAUUACGUGGUUUAUGUCUCGAUGGGGCUUCUUUAGGAAUUUCAUAUCUUUUUAAACCUGAUUGGUCAAAAAUAGCAAAUCCUUAAGUAUGGGUAGACGCUGCAAACUAGAUAAUUUUUUAGAUUUCUACAGGCUGUGGUACAUUAGUUUUUUUUGGCUCAUAUCGUCCUUAAAAUUAAGAAGUAAAGAAAUCAUCAAUAUUUAUACCUUUAUUAACUAUUUUAUGUGGUUUUUUGUCUUCUUUUGUUGUUUUUUCUUAUAUGGGAUAUAUGUCAUAACUUACAGGAAUAAAAAUUAACGAUAUUCCUUUGA